AUGGCUAACACAGCCUUCCGAGGAGAGAUACUCCUCACCGCGACAGAGCUUGAAUCGUUCAAAGAGCGAAUGAAUCAGCUCUGGGCAUCGGCCGCCGAUGAGGGAGCGACGGUAGACGUUCCCUGGAAGUUAACGCCGCUUGAUGCCGCAGUCGCACGUGCUCACAGCUUGUUACAAUCGGAGCUAUCUGAUUUAAAUGCAACUCUUUCGCCUAAGCGCGAACGUUCGUCCAGCACCCUAGCUAAAAGGAAUGCUAUUAGACGUACAUUAUCCGCGGAUGUCGCGGGGCGCGCGAAUAUCGAUGAAGACAUUGAUUCCAUUUUCAAGGAGAUAAUGGACGAAGAGCUUGACGAAAUUGAUAAUACCAUUACACCACAUCAGGCUCAGUUUCAACAUUUAGAUGAACCGGUGGAAUACGACGAUACAUCAUCGGUAUACCCUGUGCUGCAUCCAGAUAAUGCCGUGCUUGCGAAUAUGCCCCCGUGGGUGGAAAAGUUUCACGACGUCAUCUCGUCGUUGUGUCGUACUAAAAGUGGCAGUGUUUUCGUGAAACCAUUGGAAAUUGAUUUGAGUAAUCUGAGUAACACCACAGAGGAGCAAGAACCAUUGCCCCAACUACCAAAUGUGACUUUGCAGAUAGUGUUGGAAAAAUUGUUGAGUAACAAUUAUACCUCAGCUACUGAAGCUUUUGCUGAAGUCUACAGCCUUUUGCUUACUAUGUUCAAAUUCCAGGACCCUGGUACGAUGCCGUGGAUGUCUACGCAUGAUGCGUGUUGCAAGCUGGAGAAGCUACGCCGAGAUUCUGGUCUUGUGGACUCCGAGACGGCCAAUGUCAGUUUUGGAGGGAAACAUCCUCCCGCGCCGUUGCCAAACGCGUUUUCGAAACGACCACAAGUUACUCUGGGAAUUGUUGCGGAAACUCGACCUAUUUCCGCUGACGAAAAGGUCCAGUUCCAAGAUGUCCUUGCUGCGUUAUCUCCGGAGAAUCAUGUGGAGCUAUAUAUUGCAUUUGAGUAUUUGGCUGUAUGGCGCAACGUUGGCAAUGGAGAAAUCGAAUUGGAUGAUGAUGCCACUAAUCCAAAUGUGUUUAGGGAUAUGCUUCGCUGGGCCCGUCAGGUUACCGGUGACGCCGGGCGCGAGUUAUACACGAAACAAAUGUAA